AUGGAGACAUUCGAAACUGGCGGUCUGAAUGGCUCGAAAUUUUCUUGUGGUGAAACUUCUGCCGCUGCAUUUCUUCAAAAGUCUGCUUUUUCCGCACCCAGGGACGCUCCGUGCCAAACAUACCCGCACCCAGUGGCUGGAUUACUUUCUUCUGGUCUACAUCAACAAGCCGCUCUAGGAGAACGCCUGCGCGCCGCCCGUGCUGUACAAGGUCUACAUCUGCCACUUAGGCUUUGCAUAGAGCAGCGUCUUCUUCAUCGAAUACCCACUAGAUUACCAGGGCUACACGCUGCCAACCCACUUGCAGCUCAACUGGCUGGUGAUUUAGAUGAUAUUGAUUUGGCUGACUUCAUUACGCGUGAGCUACGAUUUUUAUUUCUGGAGCGGAAUUUUUGUUCAUGA